UUGCUUUUUCCAUCUAAAACAAAAAGAUAAUUUUAUUACAUGUAGUGCCUCAUUUCAUCUAUAAAAUAGACUCUGAAUACCUCACUUGAGACAACUUCUCACUAUUUCUUCUUCUCUCAGUUUCCUUUUGUGAGGUUCAUUUUGAGCAAUGGGAAGAAAGCUAAGCAUCGUUGUGAUCUUCUUUGUUCAAAUGCUGCUUCUUGUUGUAGAAAACCAUGCUGAGAUUGUUGUGUCCACGGUUGAAGCUCCAGCUCCACAACCUCACAAAAACACCACCCACUUUGCUCCACCUCCUCAGCCUAACAAAAACACCACACACUUUCCCAAUCGUGGCAUCACUGAAGGCAGUCUUAAACCACAAGAAUGUGGUCCACGUUGCAGAGGUAGAUGUUCAAAUACGCAAUACAAGAAACCGUGUCUGUUUUUCUGCCAGAAGUGUUGUGCGAAGUGCUUGUGUGUGCCUCCUGGAACUUAUGGCAACAAGCAGGUUUGCCCUUGCUACAACAACUGGAAGACCAAAAGAGGAGGACCCAAAUGCCCCUGAAGCUUCAAAAUUUCAUCAAUGAACUAUGUGUUUGGUUUUAGUGGCUUCACUACUUUCUUUCAAACGAAAGAGCUUAAACUCGUGUUUGGACAUUUUAGAAUGCAGAACAACCUUUAAGUGUUGAUGCCUUUGUAGUUCCAUGUAUUUAUGUAGCUACCAGACUGAAACUAUGUACCUUAAUUUAAUAAUGUUUGUCUUUGCGUGCUUUGUUCUGCUUCAGGGAAUAAGACAGAACACCUUCUGCAUAGAAUUUGUAGUCAAAUUCCUUGCUAGAAAUAGGUAUACAAGACACAAGAAAGACACACUAUGCAAAUGUGUGUCUUCUGGUUAUGGAAAUUUAAGUAGAACGUUAUUCCUUAGCAUUAUGAUGGAGAACGUUGUUAGUUAAAAAACAUAAAAGUAUUAAUAUAUAUUUAUUGGGUGAUGCUUAUUCUAUAUCA